UAAAACUGAAAUUCCACCGUAUUAUCAUUAUUCUUACCAUUAGCCGUUAAACUAAUCAAUUAGUAUGUCUUUUUGUGUCCAACUCAUCACGCGACUCAAAGCAAAUAUAGAAAAACUCGUCUAUCUUCUUCUUCCUCCAAUCUUCGGUUCUUCCCACAAUCAUUCCUCACCUUUUUCCUCUUUCUCUCUCUCUCUGAAAAAAUAAAAUAAAGCAACCAAAUUGGUCCAUAUCAUAUGCAUAUACAGUACAUAUCGUGUGCGUAGUUUGCUUUUCUUUUCCCUCAAUUUUUAGAUUUCUGAAUAUACUGUCUGCAAAAACAAUUUAUCAACAUUUUUUCUGGGACAAGUCUUUCUUAAAAAGUUGGAGAGAGAACUCCCAAAAAAGGGAAAAAAUAAAGAGAGACCAAUUAUUGAUUUAUUUCCUCUUUUUCUUUUUCCUUAGUAUAGUUUUUGUUGUCAUUAAAGUAUAGUUUUUUUAAUGAAUUUAUACCAUAUAUACAGAUUACAGAUUAGUUAUAGCAGUAAAUAAUUUGCCAGCUUUGCAUAGUCUUCUCGUUUCUUUUACAGACAACCUUUAUUUUGUUUCCUUUUUUCGUUUUCUCUUUCUAAGCCCACCUCACAACUGUCUUCAUAAUCAUAUUAUUCUCCCCCCUUUCUCCAGUAAUCUUGCUCUCUGAAGGAAUCCCAGAUAGGUGUUGAUUGCGUUUUUUCCCGUUAAUUGAAGAAUCAAGCCUUUUAUAACUCUUAUCUCUACCUUUUGGAGGAUUUGGGUUGAGAACUGAGAAGCAUUCCAAAAGAUGUCUAGCUCUGUGAAGGCUUUAGAGCCUGCAUUCCAAGGAGCGGGACAGAGAAUAGGUACUGAGAUAUGGAGAAUUGAGAACUUCCAACCAGUUCCUUUGCCAAAAUCUGAUUAUGGUAAAUUCUACUCGGGCGAUUCGUACAUUAUCUUGCAGACAUCACCUGGCAAGGGAGGUGCAUAUUUAUAUGACAUACAUUUCUGGCUUGGAAAAGAUACCAGCCAGGAUGAAGCUGGGACAGCAGCUAUUAAAACUGUAGAACUUGAUGCAAUUCUUGGUGGGCGAGCUGUUCAGCAUAGGGAACUUCAAGGUCACGAGUCUGACAAAUUUCUGUCAUACUUUAAACCUUGUAUUGUUCCACUGGAAGGUGGUGUAGUGUCUGGAUUUAAAAAACCUGAGGAGGAAGAGUUUGAAACACGUUUAUAUGUAUGUAAAGGAAAACGGGUUGUCAAAUUGAAGCAGGUCCCCUUCUCUCGGUCCUCUCUGAAUCAUGAUGAUGUAUUUAUCUUGGAUACCAAAGAAAAAAUAUUUCAGUUCAAUGGUGCAAACUCCAACAUCCAGGAGAGGGCAAAAGCUUUAGAAGUAGUUCAAUUUCUGAAGGACAAGUAUCACGAGGGGACAUGUGAUGUUGCAAUUGUUGAUGAUGGAAAGUUGCAGACGGAGUCUGAUUCUGGUGCAUUCUGGGUCCUAUUUGGUGGGUUUGCACCAAUUGGGAAAAAGAUUGCUAGUGAAGAUGAUGUUGUUCCUGAGAGAACUCCACCUAAACUCUACAGUGUUGUUGAUGGUCAGGUUCAACCUUUGGAUGAGGAGCUCUCAAAAUCUAUUUUGGAAAACAAUAAAUGCUAUUUGUUGGAUUGUGGUUCUGAGGUAUUUGUGUGGGUUGGUCGGGUAACUCAAGUUGAUGAAAGGAAGGCUGCCAUUCAAGCUGCUGAGGAGUUUAUCACUAUCCAAAAUAGACCAAAGUCAACACAAGUAACCCGGCUAAUUCAAGGUUAUGAGACUCAUUCGUUUAAGGCCAACUUUGAUUCUUGGCCAUCGGGAUCUGCUCCUGUUGCUGAGGAGGGAAGAGGCAAGGUAGCAGCAUUGUUAAAGCAACAAGGUGUUGGUGUAAAGGGAGCAAGCAAAACUACUCCUGUAAAUGAGGAAGUACCACCAUUGCUCGAAGCGGGUGGAAAAAUUGAGGUUUGGUGCAUUAAUGGUAGUGCGAAGACGGCAGUUCCUAAAGAAGACAUUGGUAAGUUCUACAGCGGAGAUUGUUAUAUUGUCCUCUACUCCUACCACUCGUAUGAUAAGAAAGAAGAUUACUACUUGUGCUAUUGGAUUGGGAAGGAUAGUGUGGAGGAAGACCAAAAUACUGCUGCCAGUCUGGCUACCGCCAUGUGCAACUCCUUGAAGGGAAGACCCGUACUGGGUCGGAUAUUUCAAGGGAAAGAACCACCACAGUUUGUUGCUAUUUUCCAGCCAAUGGUGAUAUUUAAGGGUGGAAUUAGCUCUGGGUAUAAAAACUACGUUGCAGACAAAGGUUUAAAUGAUGAAACUUACACUUCGGAGUCUGUUGCACUUAUUCGAAUAUCUGGAACUGCGGUGCACAAGAACAUAGUUGUUCAAGUUGACCCGGUUGCAACAUCACUCAACACGAAUGAGUGCUUCCUCCUACAAUCAUCAUCUUCAUUAUUCAGUUGGCAAGGUAGUCAGAGUACAUUCGAGCAGCAACAGUUAGCUGCUACAGUUGCUGAGUUCUUGAAGCCUGCAGCAACUAUAAAGCAUACUAAAGAAGGAACUGAGAGCUCGGCUUUCUGGUUUGCUCUUGGAGGGAAACAAAGUUAUACUAGCAAGAAAAUAGCUCCUGAGGUUGUGAGAGAACCUCACUUGUUCACAUUUUCAUAUCACAAAGGGAAAUUCCAGAUUGAGGAGGUUUACAAUUUUUCCCAGGAUGAUUUGUUGACUGAGGAUAUUUUAGUUCUCGACACGCAUGCUGAAGUAUUUGUUUGGGUUGGUCAGUCAGUAGAAACAAAAGAAAAGCAAGCUGCUUUUGAAGUUGGCCAGAAAUAUGUGGAGUUGGCUGCAUCCUUGGAGGGGCUGCCUCCAAAGGUUCCUUUAUACAAAGUUACAGAAGGAAACGAGCCCUGCUUCUUUACAACGUAUUUUUCAUGGGAUCCUGCAAAAGCUAUGGCACAUGGAAAUUCAUUCCAAAAGAAAGUUUUGCUGCUGUUUGGUGAUGGUCAUGCUCCAGAGGAACGCUCCAAUGGUAAUCAGGGAGGACCAACUCAAAGAGCUUCCGCAUUAGCUGCAUUAAACUCUGCAUUUAAUUCAUCUUCUUCCCCAAAGUCUCCUCCGAAUGCAAGGGUAGGAGGAGCCAGUGGGGGAUCACAACGAGCAGCUGCUGUUGCUGCUUUAUCUUCUGUACUUACUGCUGAGAAGAAGCGGUCACCUGAAUCUUCUCCAGCUCGACCUGGCCGCAGUCCAAUGUCGGAGUCCAGCAGUCCUGCGGGUUUCAAGAGUGCAAAUGAUCCGGAUGUCAACGAUUCCAAAGAAGGUUCAGAAGCUGGGAGUGAGAUAGUUGAGCCUGCAGUUGAGACCAAUGGAGAUGACCCAGAACCAAAACCAGCUGCCGAGGAGGAUGAGAAUGGUGGUGAAAGUACUCAAAGUACAUUUAGUUACGAAAGGCUGAAGGCUAAAUCUGAUAAUCCUGUUACCGGCAUUGAUUUCAAGCGCAGAGAGGCUUAUCUAUCUGAUGAAGAGUUCCAGGCUGUGUUUGGGAUGACAAAGGAAGCAUUCUACAAAUUGCCAAGGUGGAAGCAAGAUAUGCACAAAAAGAAAGCUGAUCUCUUUUAGAUACAGGAGUAAACCAACCAAAUGAAAAUCUACUCCGUUUAAAUAUACUUGCAAUCUUCGGUGUUGAUGUCUUAUGCACCAAAGCAGCCUGCUUUUAUAGGUAUUGCUUGCCUAGUUUGCGCCUCUAGCAUUGUAUUUUUCUUCAGUAAAACGACGGCAGCUGGUGUUAGUAUGGGCUUUUUGAUUUUGUGGUGCUAGCUUUAAAUAUGCUGAUUUGUUUUCCCUUUAGCACUGCUGGAUUUGUCAAUUUUCCAGAGAUUAGAGUUCGAAGACAAGAGUGCCAUAUUCUUUGAUUUGGUUGGUGUGUGUAUCUUAAAUUGUGAUUUAUUGGGGGAUCCAUCCAUCUGUUGCAUACUAUUCAAUUCUCUCAUGUAUUCUUCACCAUUUUUUGGAUGAUGGAUGUGUUGUAUAUUUGUACUGCUAUAAUCAAAGAGUAAAAAAGUAAAUUUGCUAUCUAGUUUCAUAUUUGUUUUAUGUUGUCUUUAGCUGGAAGAUCAGCAAACUCGACAUCUUCAAUGUUUCAUUGUUUCGUAGAGUUCUCAAGGCCUGGCUCCCAGGGUUACUUUGAUUUCUGCUAAUAAGAUGUGGGUCAAAAAAUAUCAUGUGAUUUGGAAAUUGAGUUUCAUAGCAAUUCCUGUAUGUUAGCAAAAUGCUUGAUGGUUCGAGUCCUCAUUCUUGCAGUGGAAUCACUGUUGGCGGCAUUCUGCAUCAUUGUUUUCCCUUACUGGCUACGGUUAUCUGAUUAAUGGAACUUGUAUUCGACAGUGUCAGCUUUCCUAUGAUCCUAUCCUGGAACUUUAAUUUGUACACAUUAACUUGUGCUUCAGCGUGUCUGGCGUGAAAGAACAAUUAAACCCUCGUUAAUAUCAGCUACUCAUCUUUGGCAGUGGUGAUACAGUAUACUACUGAUAGAUUAGUUUGCAAGCGGAAAUUUCAAAAAUACUGCACGGUGGAUUUCAAGCUACUGAUAGAUUGUGUUGGAUGUUAGGGCCAACUCUAAAGGUAUAGUUUAGGUUUGACAUGUGGGAUUUUACAUUUUCAUUUUAUUUUUAUAACGGAAUAGUUUCAAUGAGCUAUGAUUUUGUGAUAAUAAUAAUUUCUAUCUAUCCUUAUGCUUAUCUUAUCAGC